AGCAGUAGAGUCUGCAGGAAAUUACAAGCUUGGGACACAACAAUACUGAACUUCCACAGAAAGAUGGCACACUUUUUGACCUUAUGUGUGCUGCUGUUCUUAACGUAUUCUGUAUCCCUGGCUCGAUACACCACUGAACCUGAGUAUGGAAGUGGAGCUGAUGAUGGGACAGUGAUUGUUUCCAAUACUCAGAGCUAUGACAUUGUUGGAUCUACUACAGAGAACUCUGUGAAGAAUGUAAAUGGCACAACCACUUCCUUAAAUGUCUUGGAAAAUAUAAAACAGUUUUUUAAGGAGUACAUGCUGCUUGUAAUUGUGGUAGGUUCUAUGGUUGCCCUG